AUGUCGUCGAGCGACGAGGAGCUGGACCGCAACCUGUCGGAGGACGAGGACGUCUCGGAGGACGAGAUCCCGGAGGAGGAGGACGAAGAAGAGGAAGAAGAGGAGACGCCCGUGAAGAAGCGCAAGGCGGCCGACAGCAAGCCCAAGCCCAAGAAGCGCCGCAAGCCCGUCAACAAGUUCAUCGAGGAGGAGGCCGACGUGGACGAGGAUGAGGAAGAGGAGGAGGACGACGACGACGACUUCUACCGCUCCGAGCGCCAGAUGGCCGAGGAGGUCGAGGCCGGCCACUCGUACCGCUACGAGCCGCAGGACCGCACCGAGUUCGACGAGUCGGAGAGCGCCGAGGCCAUCGUGAACCGCAUCAAGAAGCGCCACCAGCAGAGCCGCAAGCAGUACGACGGCGAUGAGGAGGGCGGCGACGUCAUCCAGAGCGAGGUGGCGCAGCAGUCGCUGCUGCCGUCCAUCCAGGACCCGCGCAUGUGGGUCUUCAAGUGCAAGCCCGGCCGCGAGCAGCACCUCGUGGUCGCGCUCAUGAACAAGUUCAUCGAGUUUGCGCGCCGCGGCGAGCCGCUCAUGGUCAAGUCCGUCGUGGCCUCCAACUCGAAGGGAUUCAUCUACGUGGAGGCGGAGCGCGAGCCGCACGCCAAGGACUGCCUCAACGGCCUGCGCGACGUGCAGCAGUGGUCCAUGAAGCUCGUCCCGAUCCACGAGAUGACGUCGGUGCUCAACUUCCAGACCAAGAGGAAGCCGCUGGUGGUGGGCGCCUGGGCGCGAAUGAAGCGCGCUGGGCUGUACAAGGGCGACCUCUGCAAGGUGAUCGAGAUCCUGGACAAUGGAGCUCGUGCCGUUGUGAAGAUGAUCCCUCGUCUGGACCCGAUUGUGCUGGCGGGUGGCGAGCAGCCCAAGUACAAGAAGGGCCAGCGCCCAGCGCAGAAGCUGUUCCACGCGAACAUGGUCCCCGGCGCAGAUGUGGCCCGCCGCCGGUACCCCUCGACAGGAGAAAUGAUGGAUACGUUCGACAACGACUUCUACCACGAAGGUUUCCUCAUCAAGGAGGUGAAUAUCGCUACUAUGCUGACUACAGAGGACGUGAACCCGACAUUGGACGAGAUUAAUCGCUUCUCGUCUGUGGCUGGAGAAGAUGGUGAACAGAGCGCCGAGGAUAUGCUUGCCUCGGUGGAGGCCGACGAUUGGAAGAACAAGGUCGACUUGACAAAGGGCGACACCGUGCGCGUUAUCGAGGGUGACCUGAUCAACCUCAUGGGUGUCGUGCUCAGUACCAACACGGCCAACGACACUGUGCGGGUUAUGCCGCUUCACGAAGAAAUCAAGGACACGAUAUUGGACUUCCAGCUGAAACAGCUUAUGAAGUAUGUGAAGGUGGGCGAUCACAUCAAGGUGGUGUCUGGCAUGUACUCGGGCGAGACCGGUACGGUUGUGGCAGUGGAUGACAGCGAAGGUGCCCCCGUGGCCAUUGUGCUGGUGGACAGCAUGGCACGAGAGAUUCAAGUUCGUGUUCGCGACCUCCAAGAGUCAGCCGAAAUUUCUCAGGGACUUGACUCGUACAAGGGCAAAGAACUUUAUGACCUCGUUGCGCUCGCACAUGGCGAUGUGGGUGUGAUCACGCAUGUCGGACGGGAGGGCUUUACAGUACUGUGCCAGAACGGUCAGUCUCGGAACAUCUCGGAUCAGGAAGUACAGCGGAAGAUUGUAUCUUCGCGCACAACUGCCGCCUUGGACAAAAAGCACAACCACGUCAGCGUUGGAGAAAUGGUAAAUGUGGUGGAAGGACCCUUUUCCGGUCACAGCGGCACGGUGAAACACAUCUACCGAACCUACCUCUUUAUUCACAACAACCGCAUCACGACGAAUUCUGGUAUUUUCGUGACGCGCGCGCGCGGUGUGAUUCUAUCCGGUAGCAAGGCGCGCUCCGACAUGAUUUCAAACUCAACUGUGCCUCGCAUGGACGCGGGUAUGCGUCAGCAGAACCAGCGUGGAGGCAGGAACCAGCGCGAGUCGGAGUUGAUUGGCCAGACUGUGAAGGUGAAAAAGGGCCGCUGGAAAGGAUACAUUGGUAUUGUGGUCGACGAGAGCGACCAGAAGGUCAAGGUCGAGAUCCAUUGCAAGGCGAAAAUCGUGGAUAUUGACCGGUUGCAUAUUACGGUGGCUGGUACGCGCGAUGGCGGUGUUGUGGACAAGCCUCGCUACGCUGGUACUCCGAUGACUGGUGCUACUCCUCUGCCGUCGCAGACACCGCUCCAUGGCAGUGCCAUGACGCCGAUGGCUACGCCACUACACCGCGGUAUGGGCACUCCGCAGUCGUCUGGCCGUGCCGGCGAGGCUUGGAAUGUUGCGAAUGAUGAUGCAUUGUUGGAGACGCAGAUGAACCAGGAGAAGGAUAUUACUCAUGCUACCAGUUUCGGCACGCCUCUUGAGCCUACUGCGCCGUCAAGUGAUAUGUCGAGCAGCCGGUACUCGAACCCGACGACGCCGAUGGCCCCGCGCUCUCCGACACGAGAUGGCAUGAUGCCUGUGACCCCCGCUGCUAACCCGACUACUCCUGGCCUGAACCCGACGACUCCCGGUCUGCAACCGAGAACUCCAGCGUACAUGAUGGGCCAUAACCCGACGACACCUGGUCUCAACCCGACGACGCCAGGCUUGAACCCGACAACACCGGCACAUUUGUCAGCGGCUACGCCAGGCAUGGGUCACGAGCCCAUGGGAAUGGAGCCGAUGACCCCAGGCUUCAACCCUACGACGCCGGGUUUGUCGGCCAUGACUCCAGGUCUCAACCCCGUGACGCCUGGAAUCAACACUCCAGGCUACAACCAUAACCCGAUGACUCCAGGCUUUGGCGUGGCAACUCCCAUGGGUCGCAUGAACUCGGCCGCAACACCUGCUGCGACUCCCGGCAUGAUGGGCGGUAAUGGCGUUCCUAUGACGCCCGCGUUCAACCACGACAUGAAUGAUUCCGCGGGUGGCCCUGCCAGCGGCGAGGUGACGUGGAAGAUGAAGGGUGUGGAAGUUGAAGUCAUUGCUGGCGAGCUCAACGGCAGCGUGGGCGCCAUCACCAAUGUGAGCGGAGGCUCGUGCUCUAUCGACGUGGAUGGUCGUGUAAUCACAGUGUCGCUCAACGACGUGCGGCCGGUUGUUCCCGAGAAGCAGGAUACGGUCAUCAUCCUGUCGGGUGACGAGGCGGGCACCAGGGGCUCGCUGAUCGGUACCGAUGCCUCGGAUGGUAUUGUCAAGGUCGACGGUGGCUCUGAGAUUAAGAUUUACGCGAUCGCGUCGCUGGCCAAGAUUGCGCAGUAA